UUCCUCCACUUCUUAACUUCACGCUGGUUCUCGGGGACUCGGGUCCGACUCUGGAGCAGCUGUGGUGCGGCGCACUUGUCCCCGUUUGUCCGGUUCGAAGAAGUAAAACUCACCUGAAGGAGUUACCGGCAACGUGUCACUGAUCCUCCCGGUGGAAGUUUAUUACAGGCGGCAACUGAACCCCCACGCACUGGGUCUGAAACUUUUUUCCACUUCAGGAGACACUUUGUGAAGAGAAAUAAAAUGGCAGACACCGAGGAUCAGGAGGUCUCCUCCUCCACGGCUCUCUUCAGCGAGGCGAUGCACCACUACCAGGCCGAGCCGGACAAGCCCACACAGGACCUCUUCAGCCUGGAUGACAUCGUGGACCUGGUCGGCGGAGCUCAGGACGCUCUGGACCGCCACAUUGCCGAGGACAGUGCACCACACGAGGUCACAGAAACUCCCUUCGCUCCGGUGAAGCUAGUGGAGCCAGAACCGGAGCCGAUGUUCGUGGAAUCCGAGCCCGAGGUGGAGGAACCCGAGCCCGAGGUGUUGGAGCCUUUCCCGGACUCCACAAGCGCUUGUUUUGCAUCAGAGCCCAUUUUUGCGCCAGUGGAGCCAAUCUUUGUUCCGAAAGCCGAACCCGAGAGCUCAAAGAUCGAACCGGAGCCACAGGCUGCACCCGAGCCAGAACCUGCCCCGAAGAGAGACGCCCUCCCAGCGGCUGAAGCUCUGAAAGAAGCCCCAGCCCCCGCAGAGGCAGUAGAGCGACCUGCGGUGACGGAGGAACCACCGGCUCCAGCAUCUUGUCUUCAUCACCUGAAGCUAAAACUCGACAGCAGAGAUGUACCUUCUCCUUCUAAAGCUCAGCCUCAUCCUCUGAUGCAAUUCCCUAAAGAACUUGGGCAGAAGGGUGAUUCCCCUGCUCCCAUCUCUCCUCUCUCCCCUCUUCACUCCCCCGACUCACUGGAGGAGCUCUCUCUGACCGAUAGUCCCAACCAACCCCCUACUUCAGGAUUCGCUGCAUCCUUUGGCUCCUUCUCCACUCAAGCCCCCACUAUUCAUUCCAAGGACAUGCCUUGGGAGCGUGAAGAGGGUGAUUCUGGGCCAGGCCGUAGUAAGAAUAAGGAAGACCUUCUAGAUCCCUUAGCUGGUCCUUACCUGAGUUUAGGGAAAGACCCAGGGCCCCAUAAUCCGUGUGAAGACAGUGGAGUUUCCUUUUCACCUGAGGAGAAGCUGAUUAGCUCAGACAGGUCCUCUACUGGCCCCUCCCCCGUGAACCCCCAAAUGAUGGUUCCAGAAUCUUACCUUGCCUCCUCUAACCCAACAGAGCACUGGGAUUCACCAUUCUUAGCCUCUCAAGACAACUCCAAGGUCACCAUGGAUAGCUUCUCCAAGGAUACGGCCCCCCUUAGCUCCUCCAACUAUGAGUCCGACCUGCAUGGCAACCAGUCUGAAGAAGAUGAUGACUUGAUGUACGAGGUGAAGAAGAAUAUUAACCCAUUUGAAGGCUAUUCUCCACUGGCUGAUAGUGGGUACUCCCAUUUUGGAGACUCCAAGUCUGACAGCAGAGCUUCUAAAAUGUCAGAGAGUCCUACACCCGAUCUGGUCCAGUAUGGGCAGACUGGAGAAUCCCAAGAUAGCCCACCAUCUUUUAUAGACAUGGGGAAAACAUUUGAGCAGAGCAAGAUGUCCGCUGACUCACUCAUGCACUCAAUGAAUCAGUUCUCAUCCGGCUAUAAAGAAGAGGAACUGGAAGAGGAGGAUAUUGCUCUCCCACCAUCACUUCCAGACAUCCUGAAGUCUUCCCCACUCAACCCUGAAAAAAUGGACUCUGGUUCCUCAGAGGGAACCCCGGAGGAGCAGAGUCCCAUCUUAGAAAGAAGAAUGAUGGAGUCACCCAACCCGCCAAUCAAUCUGUCGGCAAACAAUCCAUUUGCCUUCGAUGCUAAAGUGUCCCUUCUGAAGGAGAUGACUGAGGAGAUGGAGGGGAAAGUUGGAGAUAAAGGGGAUGAAGACCAAAGCUUUGACGCCUUCGAUCUUGUCAAAGAGGCAGCGGACACCACACCAGUUCAGGUCAAAGAAGAGAAAUCUGUCAAGAUCGAACAGAAGGAUUGGUUCUCAAGCCAUGAUUCUCCCAAAAUGACCGAUAUGUUUGAGCCACUUGACUUCCAGAGUAAAAAGACCACUGCUGAGGAUUCAGAUUCAGAGUCACCAACAGCCGACUCUCUGUCCCCAGUCCUUGAAGCCAUGGCAAAAAACCCUGCGAGCUUCCAGGUGGAAACAAAGGAGGAGGACCUGAAGAUGGACGUGGAGGAGGCAGAGGUGGCUGAGGAGUUCUCUGAGCAUGAAGUAUCCUCUGAGGAGUUUGAGUUUAUUGAGCGACCACCAAGGGGUGUUAUCGAUGAGUUUCUUGAGGCUCUGGAUACUUCCAAGUUUGCUUCCUCCAAGCCCCCAGAAAUCCCCAUGGAUGAUGACCUGAGCUUUGGCGAUGUGGCUCGAGUCUCUGCUCCACCUUCAAAAGUAGCCCCACCCCCAGAGGUUGAAGAAGAGGCUCCAAGUCAGAGCUCCUACUGCCUCCUUACUCAGACAUCCCACCAGAAGAGCAAGGCCGAGCUAGAAAAGCUGGACAUCCAGCAACCCCUACCUUCAGCUCCGCUUACCCAUUCACCUGUCCACAAACCAGAGGAGCCAGUAGCCAAGAAGAGCGUGAUGCGCGGGAAACUGUUUAAGAUGCCAAACCUGAACAUAAGCACAGUGGUGGAUCUGCUCUACUGGCGCGAUGUGAAGAGCACGGGCGUGGUGUUCGGCGCCGCGCUGCUGCUGCUCCUCUCCCUGACGCUCUGCAGCAUCGUGAGCGUCUGCUCCUACAUCGGCCUGGCUCUGCUCUCAGUCACCAUCUGCUUCAGAAUAUACAAAGGCAUCCUUCAGGCCAUCCAGAAGUCCGAUGAGGGACACCCAUUCAAGCUGUACCUGGACCGUGAGGUGGCGCUGCCUGAGGAUGUGGUCCACAAGUACAGCGACUUGGUUCUGGCCACAAUGAACAAGAGCAUCUGUGAACUGAGGCGCCUGUUCCUGGUGGAGGACCUGGUCGACUCCAUCAAGUUUGCUGUGUUGAUGUGGAUCCUGACCUACGUUGGUGGCCUGUUCAACGGGCUCACUCUCAUUAUCCUCGGUCUGAUCGCAGCGUUCAGCUGCCCGAUCGUCUAUGAGAAACACCAGGUUCAGAUCGAUCACUACGUGGCCCUGGUCAACAACCAGGUUCAAAGCAUUGUUGGAACGAUCCAGGCGAAGGUGCCCGGGAUGAAGCGCAAGGCGGAGUGAAGUAACGACAAGUCGCAGUUUGGAAUGAGGAAGUUCUGAGAGGAAGAUGUUGGGGGGUGGUGUGGGGGAGGGAGGGAGGGUGGGACGACAUGAAGGAAGGCAGGAGGAGGAGAGGAGGGGUCUGGCGGUGACGCAGCCCUUCUUACUUUAUUUGUCAAAAUAUUAAGAACACUUUUUUUCCCAAUCCAGAAUUCCUGUGUUUUCUGGAAAAGUCGAGGCAGGUUGACGACAUUGAUAUUUAACAUCUCCCUCCUUUUUUUUUCUAAAAUCCAGUUUAGAAAUGUUUAUUUCUGUGACGUUAAAACUCCCAGAAACGCAUUUUAAUCCUGAACCAACCCUCUGUCCCUCUCCACCCAGUGCAUUGUGGGAGGUCUGAUGCUCCUGCAGCUGGGAUUGGAUGUUUUUUUAUUUUGUUCUCGUGAUUUAAAUUCUUUCUUUCCCCGUCGAGCCGAGUGGAGAGAUGAGCGCGAGCAGCCGACAGCACCUUAUGUACUUUUCUCGUGUUUAUCUUUUUUUUUUUGGUAUGAAUAUUCUCGUAGAGUUAGAAGUAUUUUGUGAUUUUUACCAUCGUGUCCCUAAAACUUCGAGCUUGUGUCCUCGGUAACCUGCGGCGUGUUGGCGACUCGAUGUGAUGACGGACGGAUUUGUGAACGACGUCUUUGACUCCUGACGGGGCAGCGGAGGGGGGGGGGGGGGGUGUAGGGGGGGUGUAUUACCAUUUAAAAACUUCAUCGCUUCUGAGUAACUUUAGCUACGAACAUCUAGAAAAAAACCUUCGCCAGACAAACAGAAACAUGAUUCUUACAUACAAGUUAUUUCCAUGUCAUUGCAGUUGUGUAGUGAUGAGAAACUCCGGAAGGAACACGUUUACAUUCAUCGACAUCAGAAAAUAUUUAAAAAGUAUAAAAAAAAAACCAUAAAAUAAAGUGGGAUUUAAAGAAAACAAAAUAAAUAAUCAUACUGUCUGUGGAGCCGAUAUCUUAAUAAUGUUGAAGCUCGAUGUGACUUUGGGGAAAAAACCUUCAAGCAUUUGUUUGUUAUGCAAGUAUAUUUGUGAAUGAUAAACUUCAUACUUCAAUUGUGACGAUAAAAAGCUUCCAGCCGGGAGCUGUGUUUGUGGAAUGCAUUGUGAGAUGUAAACAAUUAUCAAUAAAGCUUCUAGACAAAGAA